UUAAUAUUACGGGCAAUUGAACAUCUCAUUAGUAAAGAUGAAGACAGCAUCCAGAAACUUGUUAAUCACGGCUUGGUUGUGAAGAUAAGUAUAUUUGUCUAAUUCUGAUUAAAAUAAACCUCUAAGUUACUGGUCAGGAUGAUAAUUUAUAAUCCGCUUGCUUUUUAAAUGUUGAAUUGGUUUGAGAUUUCGUCAGAGAAUCUUAAAGGACCGCACAAACCACCUAGGGACGCCAUGAAUCUCAUUGAAGUUUUCUACGAGGUUGCCAUGGGGCUGUGUCAUAUCACCAUUGCAGGCAGCAAUAAGAUCCUGGAUAUAUUUUUGCUGCGGUUUGGGGCUGUUGUUUUGGAUUAUGAAGUGGCUUUCUGUCUGCGUCUAGAGGCCAUCAGAACCAUAAACUCUAUGUUGGACAGCAGUCCCAAAGAUAUAAGGAAGAAACUCUGCCAGUCAGAUGACCACGUCGGGCUUUUAGAGGACUUGGCAAAAGCAUUGACAGACAUUGGUGAUUAUGAAAUGCAUGUAGCCAUCUCUGAAGCACUCUGCAGGAUGACACCAAGGAAACUAAGAGAAGACUUUGCUGGCAAAUGGUUCCGUUUCAGAAGUUUUGCUUCAGCUUUUACUUCAAUUCGUGACAAAGAUUUUGAAACUGACUGUAGGACAUUUCUGAAUGAACUCAAUAGUUAUUUUGGCAACUCAAGAAGAGUCUUCUCAUUCCCUUGUAUUCAGGCAUUUCUUGAUUCAGCUGAGUUGUUCAAGCCUGAAGAUGAGUUUUCUAAAGGAGAACCCAGCAUGAACAAAACAUCAGUGCCACAGACAUUUGCCAGUCCAUCUGCUGCAGAAACCAAAGUCAUCCAUCAGUGUUCCCCCUUGAGUGGACCAAGCAGAUCAAGAUCAAAAGUCAAAGGAACCCCAGGCCAAGACAUUUUUCAAUUUAAGGAUCAUUCAGAUUCUGAGGUGAUCCUUGAGGUGUCUCAAUGUCAGAGUGACACUUUUGACACAGACCGGUCAGGGAAGUCACAUGACAGGAAUCCAAAGACUAUAACAUUCAUGACUGCUUUGUGGAGGUACCAGGUUGCAUGUGCCAAGACUGUAUUGUUCUGUCAAAUGUCGUCAUCUAACGGGUCUACAAAAUCCCUCCCCAACACUCUGGGUAGAACUCCUGUUAAGAAGAAAAUGAAGGUGUUGCAUUCAGAUGAAUGGUGUAUCCGCAAGGACACUCCACACACUGUCUACAGCAGGAGAAAGCCCAGAGCUAAGGGCAAACUCAGAGUUCUUCCUCUUUCAUCACCCAGCAGUAAUGAGGAGUUCUCUAAGGUAGAAUAUCACUUUUCAGUAGAUUUUCAGUGGGGGGUAAAGAAGGGGAAAAAAAUGGCAAGUAAAGACUGGCAGUCUCAAGUCAAGCUAGGGAGAUCACUGAAUAUGGAAUCAUCCUUCUUCAGAGAGUCUACUGCUGAUUCAGGUUUUCAAAACAAGACUCUUUCUGAAACCAGUUUACCACUAGAGGAAAUUGAUAAUCUUAUUGAAGAGGUACAAGUUGAUUUCAAUAUGGUUGUUUAAUUGAGGACACGUAUUUGCUGCACAGAGCUGUAUGUGGGUCUGAAAGAGGACACGCAGCUGCACAGACACCCGACAUUCCAACCCAGAAGACUAUUCAUGUCUAGCCCACUAGAGGAUGCUGCAGAGCGAGUAACUGAAGCAUUUGCGGAUGAGGAGUCUGAGGAAGAGUUGGGUGCUGGUGUCAGAGCUGCAUUUAAUUCCUUUAAGACUCAGUUGAGAGCACACUUUACUAGCAGGUAUAAGAAGAUUGAAGCCAGAUCCCUGCAAUCUUUAACAGACUGUCAGAGAAAUGUGACUUCUCUCUUGGGAACUGUACACAAUCAAAGGUUGGUGCAUCUGGAGCAGUUCCAGAACACAGUGGUUCAGCAGUUGACAUGUUUGGAGCAGGACUGUCUGUCUCUCAAAACCAUAGAGAAAGAGACUGUGAAUUUCUGGCAGUCGGAGUCUGACACAGUUCGGGCAUUCUGUGAUAGACAGCAGAAGAGGCUGGAUUCUCUCCUCAUCCCAUAUGUGAGUGCUGAAUCACCAUUUAGUUUAUCAGCGAGAAGAGAGGUCAAAGUUACGGCGCCUGCCUCUCCUCAAGAUCCCACCACUCUAGAUCCCUCCUAGGACAAGGGUUUUUUUUUUUUUUGGACUGAAAAGUCUACUACUAAUUAAAGAAAUUUUUGUUUACUGGUGUAAAACAUCACAUGAUCAAAUUUAUUUCAUAUUGCAAGUGCUUUUAGUUUAUAAUAAAGACAAUCAUCAAGGUUUUCUGUGGUCAUUUAAAAAAAAAAAACAAAACAAAACAUGAUUUUAUAGGUUUGCACUAAAGACUUCCAUGAAAUUGAAGAUUUAUACCAUUUUGGGUCAUGUAUUAUACAAGCAGAUAUACACUGUGGUCUUCUAGCAAAACAGACAAAAAAUACUGAUGACUCAACCUGCAUGUCCAAUAAAAUUGUUUAUAGAAUAAGUUGGUCUGUCUGCUGAUAGCAACUGCCAAGACUUGCAAUAGGAUUUAACAUGUCCUGGUUCUUGGCUAUGCAAUUAAAGAGGUCAUGUGAUGCGAUUUCAAGUUUUUCUUUCUCUUUGGAGUGUUACAAGCUCUUGGUGCAUAAAGAAGAUCUG